CGGUUCUCCGGCGUUUGCGCUGCAGUGGACGCUCCAGCUUUUGAGUCAAGGCUGCUCCGCACAUCAAAGCCUGGGUGGGUGGGAGUUCCCGCUUUGACGGCGGGGGGCUAGUCUUCCACUGUGCUGCGUCUCUUCAUUCUUGCUAACCUGGUCGCAUCAAUAGGCAUCAUCGUCGCCAUGGCAGCUCCAAUGGGAAACCUUUUGCAUGAGCGCAUAUUGGUUGAGUGGAUGGAUGCCCACUCGACGGUCCCGUCGUCACUGGGCUCCUGUUCACUCGCCAACAAGCAGGCACCCAACUUUACUAUCCAAACUGAUUUCAAUCCCGAAACCCGCGAUCACCACAUACUGUUGUCGCUCUUCAUCGCCGUCAGGGCAGCUGGUCGUACACUUAAAAGGGAGAUGUUGUUGAUUAUCCCGCCUUCUGCGUUGGGCAGCAAUCCUACUUCUGCUGUCACCUUCGAGGCGAUGCAAGCCUCGCAGCUGGGCUCUUCCUCCGGCCUCAGUAAUGCAGUCUUUCAAGAAGCAGACAUAAGCGAUUCAGGUCGUGUCAUCUGUGUAUGCUUCGACUUGGCCGCUCCCGGAUUCGUCGUCAUGCCUAAGACGACCGCCAAGACCAUCAAACCCAGCACAUCCACCUCGUACGAUUUGCUACUUGGUCUCAAGUCUCUGUCUGCCACGCGAAGAUUCGCUGUUUACAUGAAGUACAGUGACUACGCCAUGCAAGGCUUGAGAAAGCUCCACGAGCAUUGGCGACUGCGCGGUCCUUCACAGAACGAAGUUAACCUUUGGGGAAUGUAUGACGGUCGAGAUGCGGUGCUGGUUGACUGGAACAAGGUGACGUAUGGAAAUCGAGCGGAAACUGAGCCGCCUUCUUAUGAAGAUGGGCCAGCCAAGCCGUCUAUCGAACCAUCAGCACCUUCGGCAGCUUCACAUCCACUGUCCCAUCCGACAUAUCCACCUACAGUGCCUCAACCCAACCAGACGUCCACUAUCGAGUCUGGAGACAUGCUCGACGUCCCGAACACCCCAUCCGAGAUCCUCUGCGAAAUUGAUUCGGACGGAGAGGAAUACGCUCUCCAAGCAGCCCGCAAAGCUAGCCUCGAGCCCACACGCCCCGUCUCUCUCGCAUCCGCACCAACCCCGCCAAACCUCCUCUCGGAGCUCUUGGCCUGGGUCCGUGGCGCCCACGCCAUCAACCGCGACGCACACGCGCACCACGCCCUUCAGUCCAAGCUCAGCGCUCUGGGACAAUAUGCCCGCACGAACAACGUCGCCGCCUUCGACGCCACGCGUGCCUGGUGCUCGACGCUCCUGUUUUGGGACCCGACCGAUGACGAAGAUGGCAGCAUCGUUGGUACUAUCAACGACCUGCGUGCUCGCGACAUCGUCGCUGAUAUGGCAGGCUUAUGCCGCUGGGCGUCGGGGCGGCAGCGCGGGUGCGAAAUGGCGGUACCAAGUGUCCGAGACAAGUUCUUACGCGUUGGAAAGGCAGCGAGGGCGGUGGUGGCGAGCAAAACGGGGGCGGAGGUGGCAACGUAUGAGGCGCGGAAGGAGGAGGUGAUUGCGGGUGUGCUUGUUGCGGUUGGGAGAGCAGGGACUGGGUCAUGGAGGUAGGUUGGUGCUAGAGGGAGGGAAUGGAGACAUGGUUGAGAGGUUACGGCGUCAGAACUGCUCGGCAGUUUUGGAUGGUUAAGAAUGCGUUUGUAGGUAGGUACGGUUGGGCUUGUGUGGGUUCUUGCAUAACUUGGCCUUCAAGGCGAGAAGAGCUUUGUAUACAGCCAAUGCUAAGAGAUUCAGACCAUCCGAUAUCAAAACGACAAAAAGUCAAAGACAUC